AUGCUCACCAAAGAAGUGUUGGAUACCCUCAGUGAUGCACAAGGUGAUGCUCACAUUAUUCCGCACUCUCCUCAGGACUCUCUAGCCAAAACAUUGCAGACUCAUUUGGCGAUCAUAGACUGGCAACAGGAAAGCUGGAGAAGUUACAUGAGCAGUCUUGAACAGGACUUGCGCAGCAAGCUUGAUCACCUCGACGAUCUGAUGCAACAUCUCACAGGUCACAAUGAGGCAGACAUCAAUUGUCAGGAACAGUUCGAGCAUAAAACCCGAAGGCUCAGGACUCUUCGGGCGAACUCGUGGAAGGAGUUACAACAAUUGAAUCUCUUGAGCUCAAACUUGAAGAAGGCAAAAGUCACCAUGACUUGCAAUAAUGUGACUCUGAAAGAGUUGAAUGAAUAUUACAGCAUCCUGUUCGAGCCGCCCAGCGUUCCAGAAUCUAUACGGACAGACUGCGCUAAGAACAUGCGCGAAUUUACGAUACGUAUGGGUGCACUAGAGAGAUCUAUUGAGUCAGAGUGCCUCAGUCGUGCUGAUGAGAUGACAGGUGGACAGCUGACGCAGUUCUACUACGCCCUCAUUCUUAAAGAGCAACGCAAAGAGACCGAGAGACAGUUCGCCUUGAGUUCAAAAGAUUCAAUGGAGCGCAUGGAGCAAGAAACUUCGUCAAUGCAUACCAUCACAACCUCCACACUCAACUUUUUGCCAGGAACAUUCAUCGGUGCGUAUUUCUGA